GAUUAAGAAAUCAACUGCGGCAGAGGAGUUCAUCGCUCUUCUGGACAAGGAGGUGGAUCGCCCGUCGUUCAACGCCCUUCACCUCUCAGCGGCCUUUACGCGCUUGGCCUUCUUCGCGAAGCGACGGAAGCUGAACGCUGCAGCUGUUCGGAGCCCUUUGUGGACCAGGUUGUCGGCCAGACUCCAGCUACUGCUCAAGCAUGGAAAGAUCCCACCGCGUGCAGCUGCUAACAUCCUCUGGUCCAUCGUUCCGGUUUCGCAAGCAUUUGGCAAGCAGCUUCCAUGGACUACCCCAUCUUUGAUCCGUUGCGUGAAGGACCAGGCCGGAACUAUGAAUGCCUUUGACCUGGCCAACUCCCUCUGGGCUGUGGCAAGACUUCAGGAGGAGGAGCCCGAGGUCCUAAAAGCGGUGCCUGCCCUGGCUGCACACAUUCCGCGCCAUGUCUCCGAGUUCGUUCCACAGGCUUUGGCAAACAUCCUCUGGAGUGUGGCCAAUUUGCACGAGAAGGCCCCUGAAGCGUUGGCCGUGGUCUCCGUGGUUGCAGCGCGCAUCCCGCGAAGGGUCUCGCAGUUUAACCCCCAGGACUUGUCGAACUGCCUCUGGGCGGCUGCGAGCCUCCAGGAGGCUUCGCCCGGGGUCCUUGCAGCUGUGCCUGCCAUGGCUCAGUGCGUACCGGGGAAAGUGGAGCAAAUGUUGCCGCAGCAUCUGUCGAACUGUAUGUGGGCAGCAGCAAACCUGCAAGAAAGCACGCCGGACGUUCUGACCUUCGUCCCGUCGGUGGCUGAUCGCAUACGCAAGGAAGUCGACAGAAUGAUCCCACAAGCGCUUUCGAACUCCUUGUGGUCAGCUGCGUAUCUGCAACAGGCAGCACCAUCAGUGCUCCGAGCGGUUCCCGCAAUCGCACGCGCCAUUCCGAGAAAAGCAGAUGGAAUGAGUCUGCAAGAGUUGUCGAACUGCUUCUGGGCCUCUGGAAGCCUCCAAGAGGCAGCUCCCAUUGUCUUGGCAGCUAUCCCUGCACUUUCAGAGCGACUGCCACGGAAGCUCCUAGACAGCAUGGCCUCGAAACAGCGAAGUGGUGGGCUACAUUCAAAGGACAAGCUGCACAGGAGGGCAACAAGGCUGCCCUGGCAGUUCGCUUACCGCGCAAGAUGGCGGACAUGA